UCCUAAGUCGUGUCAGUCGUGAGUUGUGGUGUAAUUUGUGUGCUGUUAUUUGUGUUUGAGUGUUGUGAAUGGGUUUCUUAAUUAACUCGCAAAUACUGUAAUCUAACUGGUGAACACAACAAAUCAAGACACGGUAUAUAUUCUGAAUUGAAACACGAGAAGUUCGUUGAAUAUAACACCCAGUCUUCAUACUACAGAAUUUGGACAACGUGAGUGUGGGCCAGAUACCAGUAAUGGAAGACUGUCGGCGUUUAUGGAAUUUCUGUGAGUGUUCGAUGUCCCUGAGGCCUUGUUCUUAAAGCAGUCGGACCGUUGCCAGUUUGUUCCACUCGUAUCGGACGAAGGAAAAUACUACGUCUCUCUCCAGAAUACAUGGUUGUCCAACGAGGCACAUCAACUUGGACUGUGGCUUCUGCUGACAUUCAGGAACACCAAGAAACACAGCAACAGUCACCACAUUUCAUGAAACAUGGUCAAGACUAUGAUGCAAACUCUAUGAGAACAACUUCCAUUGUAACAGACUCCAGUAGAACCUCCCCUGCUUUGCGAUGCAACAUGGUUGUACCAUCUUCUACUCCGUCAGUAGAUUCACAAACUCUGGUUGAAUGGAAAAACACAUUCAACAUGCGGCAAGUGACGCUCUCAAACCUAGCUGUCAGUCACCUCGGGUCGCGUCCCCCGUCCAGGCCUCAGGUUCCGGUGAACAGACUCCGAGGGAGAUGCAUCACGAGCACAGCGAAGUCACUCGAUAUUCUCAGACAGAACAUCCAGUCUGCCGCCAACAAGGAGAUUGACACCAUCAUUAAGAAAUAUUUGGAGAAGUUCUUUCAGCCGGCAGUGGAUAACAUAAGAAACAACUUGGGACCAAGUAGCGUGUCUGAAGAACACUUGCGAGACGUGUGUCGUCAGAUACUGGAGGACGCAAAGCAGAUGUACUGCAGCAGCUCACAGUCCAGAGGCAGUUCGCCUUUCAAUGAGCUUAGUGACUCUGAAACUUGCAGUAUUGGGGAGAACCGCUUUGGCAGACCAAAUACACGUAAGAGAAAAGAAUCUGAUACAGAUUCAGAGGCCAGCCAGUCGGCACGCAGAAAACGAAGCAAACCUUGCCCUCCUGGGAGUUUUCCUUCAGGGCGUUUUACACCUAUGAAAUUAGGAAGAGGCGAACCCAUUCGUCGUGAAGGGCCGAAGUGGAAUCCUGCAAGAAUUGGAAAAAACACCUUUUUUAUUAUGGGUGCACGGGCUAACAAGGUGUUGGGUUUUGGCCAAACACGAGGUCGUUUGUACAUCAAGCAUCCAGACAUCUUCAAGUAUUCCGGUGACCAAGAAGACAAAGAAUGGUUAUCGAGACACAAUCUAAUGCCACCCACAGGUAGUAAAGCAUACCUUAUGGUCCUUGAAGAUAUCCAGGAACUCGCUGAAAGUGAUGAAUACAGAAACAAUCCGAAUCUUCUGCUUAAUGAGUUGAAAGGCUUUGAAGCACCUGGAUUUAUGUUAAAGAAAAUCCGUGCCUAUGUGAGUCAGAUGCGCACAGAUAAUAUUCCUGAAUCAAAUAAAUCGACGCAAGACGGUGAUCUGUGUGAAGAAACAGAGACGGGUUUUGCUGUGAUGCAAGACGAACUCGAACUUGCUGUCGACAGCAUAUCAUCAGCCAUGACACCUCCAGCUACUGUAUUGGAUUCAGGGCCUCCAACCCCGUCAGAAAACGCUCUGGAGCUGCUAGAAUGCCCCACAACAAUGACCAUGUUAACUUCCCACAAUUCUGAUGGGUCCCCAUACAUGAACUUGCAAGAAGUGAGUCCAGAUGGGUCCUAUCAUGAUCUCCUGUCAUCCAGAAAUUCAUCUGCAAUGAUAAGUUCACAAGGUCUUGUGUCCACAUCACAUCACGGCCUGGUUACAACAUAUACACACGCGGACACGAUGGGACUCCAUACAGCUGCAGCAGCCCCAGGAACAAUGUCUUUGUCUACAUCUAUCGCCACAUUAUCAGCCCUGCUGGCCAAUCAUAUAAGUAGUGAUAACUCGCAGGAAGGAGUGGAGUAGUGAUUCAGAUACAAGUUGUUGCCUUCAGAAAGGAAAGCAUAGAAUUCACCUUUUCUUUGCUGGAAGCUUAACUUCUGGACUCUUAACAGUAAUUCCAUAAUGAAUCGGCUCCCGUCGUAUCCCCCGGACAACCCAAUUGGUGCCACAAUUAUGCACAUAACCAUAUCGUGCCAGGGGAGAUGAGAUGGAUUUAGCGUAAAGCAUGCAUAGUAUAAUGUAGAAAUGCGUAACAAAUUUUGGUCGGACAACGUAAUGAGAAGAAAUUAUUUUUGGAGACACACAUGGAGGAUAAUAUCAAAACUGAUUUUAAGGAUGUAGAGUAUGGACUGGAUUCAUAUAACCCAGGAUAGGAAGGUCCAGUGGCUGUCUCUUGUGAUCUCAGUAAUAAAAGAGGUAGGGAAUUUACUUAGCAUCUUCACCUUUCCAACGAGGUCAUCUCUGUAGUCCACGACUGUAAUCUUGAGACUUGCAAGGAAUGCAGGAAGUCCGUAGCGUUAAAGGCAGACGCCAUCUUUCCUCCUUCACCCCACAAGUCUCAAGAUUACCGUCGUGGAGUUGUUUAUGUUUUUGCUUAAUAAAUUAAAAUUUUUAGCAUAGAACAGUACGUGAUGCGUUCCAUUCACAGUUUCAAUUUGAAGGGUUGUGUAGCCUCAACAGAACUGAGGAAUGUGACACACGCACCCAGACACAGGAAGGUGUCCUUGCGGGGGCAUCUGUCAACCUAAUCAUUUUCUCCUUAAUCACAAAAGACCAACAUUGACAACAUAUAUGCUGUUUAAAACAAGUGAUAAAUUCUGUAGUAAGGAGGAUAAUAUGAGUUUACAUUGAAAAGUUUGAAAAAUAGUUACAAUGAAGAUGAUUGUUAUAAUAAAAUUGCCUCACAUAUGAAGGAAGUUAAUGGCUAAAUAGGUUCUCCGCAUCUUCAGGAGUUCAGAGAAUUCAAGAAUCGGAUGUUGAUUUAUUUAAAGUUUUGAGAGAUAUCAGGGACUGAACACAGUUUACAAGAAGGGAAAAAUAAUAGAACCAAAUUAUUGAUAGUUUUAGGUUAGUGUCUAGAGGCCGGUUGCCUGUUUGAGUAUCAAAACUUCAUUGCAAGCCGCACAGAAGCAAAUACUGGUGUUAUAUAUUAGAGUAGUUUCUUAUAAAAAGAUCUGGACUCUUUUAGUAUGUUACUUGUUACAGUAUUACAGUGUUCUGGCUUGUGAAUUGUGAUAACAGUAACAAUGAACACAUUUAUUUUUUUAACACUAGCUUCUAGACUAGAAUGAGUGGCUGAUUGUAAAUACUCUUAUUCUAUUUUGUUAUUUGUAAUUUAAAUGCAUGAUAGGCUUAUUUUUUUGGAAAAGUGUGAAACUUUUAUUAAUUAUUGUAGAUUGUAAUUGUUAUGCCAUUCUGUACUCUGAAAUAUAUUUGUUGAAGAUUUUUGUAAA